AUGAUCAUUUUAUUUCUAUUAACAUUAAUCGGGACAAAUGUUAUCGAGAGUAGUCACUUUAAUGGUGGUACUAUAAACUGGGCACCAGCAUAUCCUAAUUCUUCUUCUUCAUCAAUUGUGAUUACUGUUACACAAUUUUAUUCGUGGCAGUAUCCGACUAUAAGUUGUUUGACAGAUGUACCUACAUCAACUAAUUGGAUUUUAUAUCCCAGUGUUACUUUAACUUGUGUUGCUAAUUGUUCUACCCAAGGUAGCUAUUCCAGUAAUACAAUUAGUAUUUUAACUGAUUGUACUUCAUACAGCGCAUCAUUGGGAAUUUUAUCAAGUCAACGAUCUGUUAAUAUAACACUCAAUGAAAGUACAUAUUUUUGGAUCGCUUAUCGAGAUGUUUCUUGGAGACCUUUGGCGAAUGCUGCAACAAGUGUUUUUCCUGGAUGGUCAAUUGUAUCUUUGAUUAACCUUCAAAGACGUCCCGAUGGUUUAAUUAACACUCCACCAGUGUCGCAGGUAACUUCUCCUCAAUAUGUUAUUGUCAACAAUACAGCUACAAUCGAAAUACCUGUGACAGAUGUUGACGUAGGUGAUGAUAUACGUUGUCGAUGGUCCUCAAAAAACAGGUACUGUAUAAAAACAUGAAUUAAUAACUUUCAAUAU